AAAGACAGUCAGUAUGCUGCCUGCUGUUGUGAAGCUCUGCUGUGGAAUCUCAUACCCACAUCUGAGGAGUAUGACAGGACUUCAGCGCACAGCUGUGGCAGUGAUAGGCCAGGAGAUCACACACCUGCAGCGAUGGGGACAAAUCCAACAUCACAAUAGAACGCCUGCUGGUUUAAAUCCCAAUGAGCCCAAACCAGAAGACAGUAAGCCUGUGCCAGCGAAAGAAGAUCAGCUGUUCUACACACAACAGGGCCAAGAAGCAAUGAGGAAGGCUCUUAGCAUGUUGGAGGACAAGGAGGGGUGGAAGGUCGAGAUCGCAGAGGCCAAUGGGGAUGUGAUCUGUAGCAAAGUGAUGCCGGGGGCCAGGAAGGUCUUCAGGCUGGAAGCGAUCCUGGAGGCAAGUGUGGAUGAGCUCUACAACCUCCUGUUCAUCAGAGUGGAGGAGAUGCACCAGUGGAACCCGAGCAUACAGCACAUUAAAGUUCUGAAGCACGUUGGACCUGAAACGAUUGUCACUCACGAGGUUUCAGCCGAGACAGCGGGAAAUCUGAUUGGCCAAAGAGAUUUCCUGAGUGUCAGACACAGUUGCAAACAAAAGUCCAGCGUUUAUCUUGGAGGAGCAGCGAUUCAGCUGGAGUCGUUCCCACCUCAGGCAGGCUUUGUGAGAGCCGAGGAUGGACCAACCUGUAUAAUCAUACAGGCUUUGGAUGGGGAUAGAAGAAGAAGCCACUUCACGUGGCUUCUAAAUAUGGAUGUGAAGGGCUGGCUGCCAAAGUCCAUCGUCAAUCAGGCUUUGCCCCGAGCACAGCUGGAUUUCACCAGGCACCUGCGCAGACGGCUCACAGCAAGCACCACCCUGGGCUGACUGAAUCUGCGUGACACCCACAAGGCAGCAGCACCCUGUUGUCACUCACAGGGUUAGACUGGGUGACUGAGGCACGGUGUCUGCUCGGCAGAACGCUGCCCUUUCAGCAAGAGCAGAAACGCUGCCUGGAGGAGAAGCCGUGCUCCAACGCUCUGCAGGGCAGAGUUGGCAGAUACCAGUAUCAGCAGCCAGGGCCAACCUGGCAAAAGGAAGUUGGCUUUUAAUAGGAAUUAUUGUCAAGUGUGCCACUAAAACCUCUCAAUUAGAAGUCAUUGCUCGUCUGUUGACAAAUGACUCACUGCAUCCUUCAUAUGACUGAACAAAAUUAAUAAAAUGCUUAAAAGUGCAUUCUCA